GGUAUAUAUAUAACAAAAGUAUAUUAUAAAACCUCAAUUCGGCGAAAGCGGUGAAGGCCUCAAAAUUUAUCCACUCUCUUAAUGUCCAAGCUCAUCUAAUAAACACCAUACACAUGCACCACCAUAUAUAUAUAGGCCAAUUUAUUAUACAAGCCAAGCUUCUAUAUAUAAACAUAUAAACAGCAAUUCAUAAUGCACAAAUUAGGACAACCGAUGUCUCUCUUAACAGAUGAGUUGAAGUCCAAAGCUGAGGUUUACUAUGGGGACAAAGUUUGCAGGGAGAAGUUCUCUUUGUUGCUGGCAGAAAUAGGUCUACCUGAUGGGUUAUUAACCAUUCAAGACAUUGAGGAAUGUGGUUAUGUCAAGGAAAUAGGCUUUGUUUGGCUGAAGCUCGAGAAGAAGAGAGAGCAAUGGUUUGAUAAAAUACUUGUUUGCUAUGAUACAGUGGUCACUGCUUAUGUGGAGCCAAACAAGAUUAAGAAUCUCACUGGGGUGAAGGCUAGGGACUUCUUGCUUUGGUUCACUUUGAACGAGAUUUUUGUUAAGGACAAUCCAGAAGCUCCUGUCAUCACUUUCAAGUCUUUGGUUGGUUUGUCUAUGUCUUUUCCAUUGUCAUUGUUUGAAGCAGGGAAAGAAGCCAAUAAGGAAGAAGCAAAGGAAGAGAAGUGGUGGAGGAUGAUCAUGUAAUUAGUGCAAAAAAAUAAAUACAAGUAUAAAGUAAAAUUUUAUUUGCAAUUUUGUAUAUAUGAUGUUGUUCAUCGGGAUCUGAUUAUGCUCAUACAAUUAAUGCACUUUUAUAUUUUUUUAA